UGGGAGCGUUUCCAACCUCAAGGACCUGUUUCACUUUGUCCGGACGUCCCUGACGCCUGCUGACAGCGACUGCUGGAAGGGCCGGGUGCUGCUGGUGGAUGACCUCAGCGUGCUGCUCAGCCUGGGUGCUGCGCCAGUGGACGUGCUGGACUUCAUCCACUACUGCAGAAUGGUGGUGUGCUCUCAGCUCAAGGGGAACAUUGUGGUGCUGGUUCACGGCAGCGAGGAUUCAGAGGAUGAAGAGAACAAGCUGGUGGUGACCUCCCUGUGUCAUCACAGCAACCUGAUCCUGUGGGUGGAGGGGCUGGCAACUGGCUUCUGCAAGGAUGUUCAUGGGGAGAUUAAAAUAAUUAAGAGACUGUCCUUGGAGUCAACAGAGAAGGACGUCAUCCAGAUCUACCAAUACAAGAUCCAGGACAAGAACGUCUCCUUUUUUGCUAGAGGGCUGUCAGCUGCUGUCCUGUGAUGCAGUGACACCACACAGAGCUGCGAGAGCACUGCAGCACGAGGAGAACCGGUGCAGAUGGGUUGGAACCUAUAGAUUGGUACCUACAGAUGGGACACGCUGCAAAACCAGCCUGCUUGCUUCCUCAGCGCCUUCCAGGAGCUGUGCAGCAAUGUGGCCUAGGAGGGAAGCUUCAAAGCAUCUCGAACUGCAUGCAGACAAGGGCAUCAGCUUGUCGACAGCUUGUUGAUCCCUUUGUCAUCCCAGCCAUUCCCAACACACAAGGCCACCAAGAACCAACUGGGCUGGAUGUGCCUGGCAGCAGGUCUGCACAGGCAGGGGGCGUGCCCUGAGGGCUGGGCAUGCCUCACCUUUUCCGGUUGUGCUUGGCUGCUCCACCCUGCAUUUAAAGAGAUGACACAGAGAGGGCGGAGGCAGGGAGGGCUUGGGAACGUGUUGCAAUUCUUACCUUUCUUCCAGCUCUGGCAUGGGAGAGAUUUGCUCAACUCCCAGUUGACGCAGAGUUAAACAAUACGCGGCUCUGUAUAUAGCUGCUCUCCUUGCUGAUGUAAGACUUGGAGGCCGCCUCGUUGGGGUUCCUUGCUGUUUGUUACUUUCCCCCUUUAAUAUAAAACCCC